ACUGACAUUGUAAAUUGUUUUUAGGUCGUUAGUAAUAACGUCACCCCGCUGUGUUCGUAAAUGGAUGAACUUGAUAGUCUGCUAAAUGAGUUGCACCAAACGAAUCAAAAAAUCUUACAGAAAAAUAAUGCUUUCAAUUCAUCCUCCGAAUGCAGUAAUACUGUCACUCAUGUAACGAAAAUAAACGAACAGACUGAGUCAGACUACACUGUUCUUGAUCCAGGACAAUGUGAAUCUGGACAAGCCAUUAGUCGGAACGGUGAUCGUUCGAGUUCUUCACAACCAGAUAGCGUUCAAGAUCUCAACAAAAUGCUAGCUAGUCUUGACAACUUUGAUUACUUCCAUAUUGAUCAAAUUCCACAAGCAUGUCUUGGGUAUGGUCAAAGUGAAAGAGGUCAGUUACAUGCAACUUCAAAUUAUCAUACAAAUACAUCAACAUUGACUGAUAAUCAUUCAGAAAACAAUUUUAAUACUCUACACUCGAAUAAACAAACAAUGUUGGCAGCGAAAGAAGCUGAAAGACAAUUGGACGAUCUGUUAUAUUCUUUAAAACAAUUCAAGAUCAAUAAUCAUCAAAGCGAUUCUGGUGCUGAACUAGUGAAUAGUAUGAGUAAUUCAUUUAUUGAUAAUUCAAUAUCGGAUAUUCAUCAAACAAAUUCACAAACACCUUCACAUAAGUCUUCUACAACAUCAAAUCAUAAAUUUGGUACUAAUAUUAGCACUAACAGUAUCAAUAAUAACAGUAUAACAGUAGAUAUUAACAGAAGUUAUAAUUAUGAUCAGCAUCAUGAUAAUAAAAUUAAUCAGAAUACUGAUAAUUUGAACAUUACUGCACGAUUACAAAGGCAUAAUGCUAAACGUGUAAUAUCACCGAAAUACGAUCAGAUCAACAAUGUUUCAUCUACAGAACAAGGUCCAACUCAACUAUUAAAUUCAAUGCUUAAUGAUUUGUCGUCUGAACUAUCUCAGCAUGGUGCAAAAACUAAUCCUCGUGGACAGUGUUAUGCUUGUAAAAAGCCUAUAAAUGGAACGUUAAUAACAGCUAUUGGUAAAGAAUGGCAUCCGGAACAUUUCACUUGUGCUAGUUGUCGUGUUGGCUUAGUUCGUCAAGAUUUCUAUGAACGUGAUGAUCAAGCUUAUUGUACUCAAUGUCAUCUACAAAUGUUCUCACCUAGAUGUGGAUAUUGUGGAGAGGCAGUUGUCGAGAAAUGUGUUUUGGCUUUGGCACGUGCAUGGCAUCCUGAGCACUUUUUUUGCUACGAAUGUCAUUCCACUUUUAAUGGAUCGUUAACAGUACAUGAACAAAAUGGCAAAUUUUACUGCUCUAACUGCUAUUUCACACGAUUUGGAACUCCAUGCUCUGGCUGUCAACAACCUAUUACAGAUGCAUACAUAACUGCAUUGGAUAUGCCUUGGCACAAAGAUUGUUUUACUUGUCGUGAUUGUAAUAGAAUACUCACUGGAUCAAGUUUUCAUGAAAUUGAAGGAUAUCCUUACUGUGAUUCUCACUAUUACUCAAGACGUGGCUUAUUAUGCUCUGCAUGUUCAUUACCAAUUACUGGAAGGUGUGUAAACGCACUUGGUAAACGUUAUCAUCCAGAGCACUUUUUAUGUGCUUAUUGUUUACAUCCAUUACAAACCGGUACAUUUAAAGAACAUUCAAGUAAACCAUACUGUCAUCAGUGCUUUACCCAACUGUUUGGUUAGUACGGUGCACAAAUAUCUACAUUUAUAUAUGCAUACAUAUUACUGUUUUUUUCUUCUUGUUUAAGUUUCCGAUAUUGAAGGUUGGACAGUUAUGUUUAUUACCUUUAAACUGUCAAAAUAGUAUCACAAACAGUAAAUGUUAAAUUAUUUUUAAGUACUAUUCAGCUUAUGUUUCAAAGUAUUGUACAUACUGUUUGUAUUCUGUUUUUUUAGUUAGUCUUACAUCUCAUAACGUGUUUCUUGCUUAGACUCAACAACUUACACGAAGAUUUAUCAAGCAUACUGUGUUAGUCAAUAUUAUACUUUUGAAACUACAUAACAUCUAAAUAUGUGUUUCAUAUAUGUUUUCAUCGCCAAAACAUUAUUUGAUGUAAAAAGCAAUGUAUUCAUUUUGUAAUUUGAGUAUUACGUUAUAACUCAUGAUCAUCUUCACUUAAUUGAAUUUUUUGAAAUGUUUACGUGUACUAAGCAUUUUGAUAAUUACUCAAUCAAGAACCAAGUACAUACGGUCUAAAUAAUUGAAAAUUAUUACUGUUAUGAUUUAAAAUCUAUUUUUUGGUCCUGAUAUAUUGCUAUAUGUACACUUGGUAUUAGAAAUGUCACCAUAGUUACUUUCA